AUGGACGCCAUACCUCCUUCAUACGAGCAUGCCAUCAUGAAAGAUGCUCUGGCCAUAAUAGCAGAUUACAUCCCCUCGGCCGAUCUGUGCUCAGCCUCGCUGGUGAGUCGACGAUGGCAUGCAAUAUUCAAUCCACAUCUUUGGGGUGACCCAGCAUCACAUUUCGGCACCCAGAAUGAUGCCGUUUACGUUGCGUUGACCCGGUUCAAACGAACCCUACCGCAUGCACGACCUGAAGUUCGCAAUUUGACUCAUACACUGCACCUACCGCCGGCGUUGUCCGAGAUAUAUGGUGGACCACGCGCGCCGUGGCUCAAAGAUCUACUGGACUAUCUGCCCCGUCUGCAGUCUUUGAUAGUAUCAAAACUGCCCUUUUUUGAUCAUAAUGCGACUAUCAGUCUCAAGGUUCCUUCAGACCCCGAACAGACACAAGCCUAUCGUCCAUACAACCUUCGAUUACUUCUAGCGGAAGGAGAGCCGAACACGACAUCCAUUGGAAUUGCGACUGCUCUUUCUCGGUUUCCUGCAUUGGUGUAUUUGGAUUUGUCCCGCACAUCACCUGCUAGAGACAGGCUUGUGUUAUCUGUUCUGAGCGAGCUACCAGACUUGCGAGUAUUAAAACUACGAGGAAUAGGCUUGAAAGAUACUGAUGCCGAGUUUUUGGCAAAUGCAAUCGGGACUCGCGUUCGAUUACUAGAUCUCCGGAACAAUGUGCUGACAGAUAGGAGCGUGAGGUCACUCCUGCAGGCUUGCUUCGCGCCGAAAGGGACAACUGAGGCGACUAGCAAUGCGGACGAAUACCACCCGACCCAUGCUCCAGUCUUGCUGCAAAAUCCUGGCCUGGACAUAGACUUUCUCGAUCUUCUCACACGCCCUCUUACAGGUCGUUCUAUAUUCGAGAAUUUGCCAAAGUCUGGAAUUACUCAUCUGUAUAUCUCGGACAAUCGGCUCACAGUCGAAGGUGUUGCGGCUUUGCUCGCGUCCAAGAGACUCCAUCUUCUUGACGCUGGGAGUGUAGACACUGCUCAGACUCUGAAAGAUGACCAGCCUCUCCUUUCUCCACCUGGUACCAAAACUGAUUUCAAUACAGUACCAGGAGCCGAGAAGCUAGUCCCUAUACUUGGUGCAUACGCCAAAGACGGAUUGACAUACCUCAGAGUGAACCAUGCAAUCGUUACCAAAGAUGCUCCAGCCACGAGCGAGGCUUCUAUAACCGAGCUCCUACCUGAGUUGCCGGCUGAGGAGUCGAACAUUCAUCACUAUCACGCUGAGCUGGAUACCGCACACGAGAUAUACGAAAUGCCUGCUGAAGAUGUCCCUUUAUUUGAAUUGGAAGACACUUCGAUACCAUCUUCUUCAUUAACUCGUCCCGAGUUAGUAGCUAAAAGUAAUCAAUACCCCGAUGAACCUUUGCUUCCGCGCCGUGGCUCAGCUUUUGCUGCUGAAGUGGCAAUCCCCGAGCUCCCUGCGGAUGAAGAUUUGCUGGAAGAUUAUCACACCCGAAAUGAAGGAGGUAGUAUAUCAACCCAACGCAGCCGAAAAAUCAAAGAGCUUCUAGCUAAACGGCCAAAGACUGAAGUACUGACCCUACGGCAUGGAAAGAAUCGCACAACGUUUCCCUACCUGCAUCCAUCUCAUAUUCGCCAUGUCCAGACCCUAAUACUCACCGAUGUGCCCUCUCACGUCUCAUCGAGCUCCCCUAUUCUAUCUUCACUGACCCGCUUCAUAACCGCAUGUUCAGAUGAAAUGCUCCUCGCAAAGCUCCAAGCACGAGCAGACUACUCCUUCCCGCCAGGCCGCGACCGCGCAAAGGCUGAGCAACAACACGCCAGAUCUUUGUUUGCGCUUGAAUGUCUAGUUCUGGAGAUAACACCAUCAGUGAAAAGAAACGUAGAUCCCCCGAGAGCUCUAAGUCCCUGGAAACCACAUCAAAAUGGCCAAAUCAGCUGGAAGUCGACGACAGGGGAUUCUGAUUCUGAGCGUCUCUGGUCCGCUGCCACAAACGACUUUAGCUUCUUUGGGAACGAGGAGUGCGGAGUUCCUGAGCCGCAUGAGGAAAUUGCGACAAACAUACUAAAUGAAAGGGUCCGUCUCGUCUCUGACGAUGACUCGAUUCACUCCGGCGUCUCGGAGCUAGAAGGCUCAGACUCCUCGAAUCUCAGGCGACAGCAGCCGAUACCUCGAUCCUCAGUCCAAGACGAGCCUGAGAUCGACCUCGUCUCUGCAUUGGCAUCGUUCAGACGGACUAAGAAGAAAGAAUUCGAGGACCUCAAGCAGGCUAGUCGUCGCCAUUCUACCUCGGCGUCCUCGCCUUGCCCGUCACCAUUUGAUAGUCAACCUGCGCAUUAUGCUCUUCCGUUACAUACAGAAGGAUAUUGGCCGGGGGAAGUAAAAGUGAUACGUAACCCGACGCCUAAAGGGAGGAGCGGAGUGGUUGAUAUCUAUGGAAAUUAUUUUGAGAAGGGGUAUUUGUAUCCAUAA